AUGUCAAUCACGCCAAUAAAAGCGUUUACAGAACACGAUAAUGCUAGCCUUACUGAUGACAAAAAAGAACAAAAAUAUGUACACGAUGUUUACCAAGCGAUAGCACCACAUUUUAGUCAAACUAGAUAUAAGCCAUGGCCCGUCGUUGAACAAUUUCUUAAUAGUUUGGACAUAGGUAGUAUAGGUGCAGAUAUAGGAAGUGGGAAUGGGAAAUAUUUGGGAGAUUUUGUGAUAUCAAUUGCUGUGAUUCAUCAUUUCACAACACUCGAAAGAAGGCUUGCGGCAAUUAAGGAACUCUUUAGAAUCGCAAGACCUGGAUCAAGCGUUCUCAUAUAUGUUUGGGCCUUAGAACAAAGCAACGAAGCGCGUCGUAAAUUUGAUAAAGAACAGCAGGAUUUAUUGGUUCCUUGGGUCAUACCGGCAGAUAAGAAUCAAGGCGGAAAGGAAGGAGAACUAGAUGAACUUGUUGAAAGUACUGGAAUGGCCCAAAUAGUCAAGACAGAUUAUGAUAAAGAUAAUUG